UUAUCAGUUAUUAUCCUACAUUUGAAUGCCACAGUUUUUGAUUAAAAUCAACGCCGUGACAUCGAUUGUAGUAGCUCCGUCGGCGCCGGUGCAUAAACUACCUUCAAUUCAAACACACGUUUCGUAUCAAACUAUGAGAAAGCAGCCUUGAUCUCGUUCUUAUAAAGUUGAGUGAACUGCUGUUGACAUUAUUCUACAACCAUGUGGGCACUUACCGCUUGUUUACUAUUCGUAACUUCAGUGAUUUCGAAUCAAGUUAAAACAGUGCAAGAUGAAAGGAACUAUCUUUUGAAUAAAGAACUUGACAUGAUGGUGGGAAGUGAUAUUGUUUUAAGCGACAGUGAAAUGGUUGCUAAUGAAACUAUAAUGGCGCUUAAACUACACGAGUUGGAUAACGGUUUUAAAAAUCCUCAGCUAUUCCGCUGCUCGAAACACUUCUUUGAAUACAAGGAUGCUGUUAAGGAAACUCCUUUGUAUAAAAUUAUGCAGAAAAUGCCAAAAGGAGCAGUUUUGCAUGCUCACGAUACUGGGUUGUUGGGCCCUGAUUACGUCUUAAAUUAUACAUACUGGGACGAUCUACACAUUUGCUACGAAGAUGACACCGUAAAAUUUCUGUUUUCACGUGACACUCCAAAUACCCCUUGUGGCAACCAAUGGAUGUUACUGAAGAACGCGAGAUAUUCAUCUGGAAAUGUUGAAAAAUUUGAUGCUGAACUAAGAAAACACUUUACCAUCGUUAUUGGCAAGCCUCUAGAUGUUUAUACUGACAUUAAUAAAGUGUGGACGAAGUUUCAAAAUUAUUUCAUCAGUACCAGUGGGUUAAUGUACUAUAAACCACUUUGGGAGCAAUACUUCUACGACACUUUGAAAGCAUUCAGAGAAGAUAACAUCAUGUAUAUUGAAAUGCGAAGUGUUUUGCCAGAGUUGUACGAUUUAGACGGUAACACCUAUGAUGCCGUGGCGACGGCUGAGAUAUACAAAAAGGUACUAGACAGGUUUGUUAGUGACUAUCCAGAUUUUUUCGGAGUUCGGUUAAUCUAUGCGCCUCUAAAACUGGGAGACUCAGAUACUGUUAAACAGUAUAUUCGAACAGCAAAUGUCAUAAAGAAGAAGUUACCUGGUUUCUUCGCUGGUUUCGACCUGGUUGGCCAAGAGGAUAUAUCUCCGUCUUUAAUCAAUUAUUUGCCUGAAUUAGUUGACGCGGCUGACGAAUUGGAUUACUUCCUUCACGCUGGUGAGACAAAUUGGCUAGGUUUGAGCGAUGAGAACAUUUUUGAUGCUAUAGCACUGAAUACUAAACGUAUAGGGCAUGGUUACGCUAUAGCUAAGCACCCACUUCUGAAAGAAGAAGUUAAGAGAAGAGGAAUAGCGUUGGAAGUGAACGUUGUGUCUAACCAUGUUUUGAAAUUGGUUGAAGAUGUGAGAAAUCAUCCUUUAGCGUCUUUCCUCGCUGAGGGUAUGCCUGUAGUGUUAUCUAGCGAUGACCCUGGAGUGUGGGAGGCGGAUCCUUUGUCCCAUGACUUCUACUUAACGUUUUUAGGAGUGGCUAGUCGGCGUGCUGACUUAAGGCUUCUAAAGAAGCUAGCUUUGAAUUCUUUAUAUUACAGCACAUAUCCUGAUAAAGAGAAGAUUGUGUUUGAGUUUGAGAAGCGGUGGACCAAGUUUAUUGGCAAUGGCGAAUUUAUAGAAGCGUUUUGAUCAUAAUCCAGAAAAUAAGGUAAUACCUAACUAAGGAUGGUGGGUUGUAUGAUUGUGUU